AUGGUGCUCGGCCACAGACAUCGCACGUCCUCCAUAGGCAGCGGCAAAAACAGCGAAUAUGACAGCGCCGACGAGGACGAAACGGUCGUCAGCAGCGAACAAGGCAACGUCCUCCAACACAUCGUCUCCCAGCUCCGCCCGGGCGCCGACCUCUCCCGCAUCACCCUGCCCACCUUCAUCCUCGAGCCUCGCAGCAUGCUCGAGCGCAUCACAAACUUCAUGGCACACCCGGAGAUCAUGCUGCCCCUACCCACCAUCGACGACCCGGUCGAGCGCUUCGUGGCCGUGACAAAAUUCUACCUGAGCGGCUGGCACAUCAAGCCGCCGGGGGUGAAGAAGCCGCUGAACCCGAUUUUGGGGGAGACGUUCACGGGGUACUGGGAUUAUCCGGAUGGGACGAGGGGGUAUUAUAUUUCGGAGCAGACUUCGCAUCAUCCGCCGAAGAGCUCGUACUUCUUCAUGGCGCCGGAGCAUAGGAUACGCAUUGAUGGGACGCUGAAGCCGAGGAGCAAGUUCUUGGGCAACAGCGUGGGCAGUUUCAUGGAAGGGAUUGCGGUGAUGAGGUUCUUGGACCGGAAUGAGCGGUACUUCAUCACCCAGCCCAACAUGUACGCCCGCGGCAUCCUCUUCGGCAAAAUGAAGUAUGAGCUCGGCGACCACGCGUCCGUCAAAUGCCCCGAGUCCGGCCUGGAAGUGGACAUAGAAUUCAAAGUGAAGGGCUGGGUCGGCGGUACCUACAACUCCAUCGGCGGCUUCAUCAAAGACACGCGCAGCGGCAAAUCCCUCUUCGAGCUCUCCGGCUUCUGGCACGGGGAGAUGAGCAUCAAAGACCUCUCCACAGGGAAAAAGACGGUGCUGUUUGAUGCCAGCCAUGCGAAGCCGAGUUAUCCGAAGAGCAGGCCGUUGGAGGAGCAGGCGCCGAGGGAGAGCCAGAAGUUGUGGGCGACGACGGUGCAGGCGCUGAAGAAGGCGGAUCAGAAUACGGCGACGAGUGAGAAGAGCAGGAUUGAGGAUGAGCAGAGGAAGGAGGCGGCGGAGAGGGGGGAUGAGCAGUGGAAGCCUAGACUGUUCAAGAAGGCUCCGCCGGGAGAUGAGGAGAAGUUGGACUGGGUGUUGGAUGCGACUGUAGAUGACACUGCGCCGGUGGACAAGCAGAUUGAGCAGAUCUUGUCGAUUGCUCCGGUCUUGCCGGGUCAGAACCCAGGACAGAGGUUCAUGGACGAGAAAGCUCUGCCGUCACAGCAAGGGAAGCCAUCAUCAGCACAACAACCACCUCCCCAGCAGAACAGUGGCGGCGGUGAUCUAAUCGACUUUGGCCAAAACGACAGCGCUCCUCCUGCCGCAACCGCACAAUCCUCUUCAAAGCAGCCAGCACAGCAGAUGCAGUCGCCAAUGGUACCUACCAAGAGCUCUCAUGGUGACCCUCUCCGAAGAAUGGACAGCCUAGGCAACGAGGAGACCUUCAUGGAUGCAGAGUCAUGA